AUGUCGAGCGCGUUGGAUACCUCCCCCGUGAGAUUUGGAGGUGGAAGUGAUCUUAAAGUACAGGCAAUAGUGGACCACCAUCACGCAGACGUAAAAACAACCAGUAAGGUCCGUUUUGCGGAGCCUGGUGCUACAGAACCAGAAGGUCCAACAGCAAAUGAUGCUCCCUCGCCACCACUUGCCGACUCCGAUGAAAAGGACAACCAGGACAAGGUGAAUACCGUUUCUUUAUAG